AACACAACAUCGUCCCAACUCAACAUAUAUAUCUAGAUAGAGAGAGAGAGAGAGAAGAGAGAGAGAGAGGGAGAGGAUGGAAACCCUAAGUGGAAGGUUGAUGGAGGGGAGCAGCACGUGGACAAAAGAGGAGAACAAGACAUUCGAGAGCGCACUUGCGAUGUUGGACGAAGCGAGUCCAGAGAGAUGGUUGAAGGUUGCGGCCAUGAUUCCGACCAAGUCUGUGUUGGAUGUAAUAAAUCAGUACAGAAAACUGGCGGCGGAUGUUAGUGAUAUCGAAGCAGGUUUAGUCCCCAUUCCCACAUACUUGUCUUCUUCCUCUCCCUUACAAUUGCCUUCUCAACGAAUCAAAGGCCUCCCUUGGACUCAGGCCGAGCACAGGCGUUUCCUUCUAGGGCUUGAAAAACACGGCAAAGGCGACUGGAAAAACAUAUCUCGAAAGUUUGUGGUGACGAAAACUCCGACGCAAGUGGCGAGCCAUGCUCAGAAGUACUACAUGAGGCAGCUCAACGGAGGCGGCAAAGACAAACGCCGCCGGCCUAGCAUCCACGACAUCACCGUCCAUCUCGCCCGGUCGGAACCACCUUUUCUCCACGGCGACGUCACACUUUUCAACUCCGAUCUCGGCGUUGCGUAUCCCUACCCCGAGUCGUGCAUAUAUAGUUGAAUUGAAGGAUGCUAAUUAGAUUAUGCAUUGAAAUGUUCUACUCAAAAGUGACUAGGGCUUUCGCCUCUUAAAUUUCAUAUAUAUGCUUGCUAUAUUUCCUAACAAUGAAGAAAUAAUGAAUACCUA